UUAUUUAAAAAAAAAGAAACUUGUUUGCUGUCAACAAAACGAUUUUCUUUAAAAGACGACACCACCACGGAGUUGCCAGUCAGUUUUCUUAAAACAUCUGAACCAUGAACAAGUUUACGAUAAUACUUUUGACAAGCUUCCUUACUCUCAUUCAGAUCGCAAAUGCAUUGCCAGUGCCAGGCGCUAAUGCUAUGCAUGAGGCAGCCAUACAUAGAGAGCCGAUAAAGGAUAAUGCACCUGAACCUACGGAUGACCAACCGAUUGAAACAAAUGACUCCCCGGUGGAAUGUACGGUAGGCGAUGAAGACGCUGGUGGAGAAGUAAUCGAUGAUGAUCAAGGCAACGAAAACGGACAGGAGAACACAAAUGGAGACGAUAGCGAACGCGGCGAAAAGGGUACCGUGUCAAGUUAUCGUAAUAUGGAACAUUUGGUACAUGAAGCUAUCCGCGAUCAUUUGGGCCACCAUUUCGAAUUCGAUAGUAUGUCUGCAGAAACCGAGCAACAAUUGUACGAAAUGUUUUGUGAAAUGGAAAUAAUUCCAGCAGAUGAAAGAAUAUGAGGCAGUUGGUUAAAAGGUGAGAACUAUUUGUGUUCUAGCAGAUAGUUAAUGGAAGUAUCACGUUGAUUAUACACGAAAUUGUUGGUCGCUUUUUUAUCUGAUUAAAACUUGUGAUGUUUUUUGUUUACCUCA